AUGAUUUUGAGAAAUGCUGGCGUACGGCAUUGCCGGCGGGUUAUGUCGACGCCGAUUGCGCGAACAUGCGUCCGAUGCAUCGCGACCGAAAGCUCUGCUCCCCCGACAGUUAAUAACCGCGGAAAUCCCCUGGAGAUAAUCAAGCCUCCCAAUCCGAGAGCGAAACACCAGGCGAGAGGAAUCCAGAAAUCAGACACCCGAGCAAUUGGUUCCGAUGUCGAGCAACGAUACGCCCCCGGCCUCCUAAUCAAGAACCCCCUUCCGCCGAAGCACAUCACCCUCGAGCGACUGAUGGCGGCACAGACACACAUGGGCCACCAUGCGUCUCUCUGGAACCCUGCGAACUCUCGAUACAUCUAUGGUGUGAGGCAGGGGAUUCACAUCAUCUCCCUUGAGACGACCGCUGCGCAUCUGCGACGUGCGGCGACGGUGGUCGAAGAGGUGUCCUACCGUGGUGGUCUCGUGCUCUUUGUGGGCACGCGUAGGGGACAGAUGGAGAUCGUCACCGCUGCGGCCAAGGAGGCGAAGGCGUGCCAUCUCUUUACGAAGUGGACGCCCGGCUCGAUCACCAAUAGGGACAUUAUCCUCAGGGAUAGGCUGGUCAAGAUCGUGAAUGAGCACGACAGUGACCUCCCUGGAUUUGAGAGGCAUCUCAACCAGACGAGGCCUUUGCUGCCUGAUCUCGUUGUGUGCUUGAACCCUCUGGAGAACUAUACGCUGCUCUACGAAUGUGGACUUGCUAGCAUUCCUACCAUCGGUGUCAUUGAUACCGAUGCCGACCCUUCUUGGGUUACCUACACCAUCCCCGCUAACGACGACAGUCUCCGAUCCGUUGCGUUCAUUGCCGGCGUCCUCGGCCAGGCCGGCAAGCAGGGACAGAAGAGACGACUAGCCGCAGCAAGGGAUGGCAAUGUCACCUGGAGGACACCCGACGACAUCACCAAGUUCAUCAAGGGUAUGCACGCAAGGAGAGGCGAGAUCCUGUCCUCGCUCAUCGACAAGGAGAUCAUUGGUGGUCUCAAGGAAUCCGCGCCGGAGAAACUCGUAUCUAAGGCGGACGAAGAACUUCUACAAAAGAUUGCCGAGGAGGAUUCCCUGCCUGAUGAGCUUGCCGAUGAGGAAGAUGACCUUAUCAAGGAGCUCGUGGCUAGCAGUCGGGAGAUGGAUGCGCUUAGUGAGGAGGAGAGCAAGUUGCUCGAGACCGUCAUUGCGGAGGAGGGAGAGAGCGAGACGCAGGUGAAUGAGAAGAUUAUGUCCAAGGUGGGCGUCGAAAAGGCGGUGGAGGAGGGCAAGGCUGGUGAAGAGAAGGCUGCUGGCGAGGAGAAGAAGCCUGCUAAGCCCGAGUAA